CAGAGCGCAGCGGGCAGGGCGCCCGCACACACCUCCCGGAGCCGCUGCCGUGCUCGCCGCCCGCGCGCCGCAGCCUCUGCCCGCAGCCGCCGCGCCUUCCAUGGGGGUCGCGGGCCGCGGCUGUCCGGGGGCGGCCCCGGCGCUGCUGCUGCUGCCGCCGCUGCUGCUGACCGCAGCCGUGCUGCCCGGCCCGGGCCGCGCCCCGGGGCCGCCGGAGGAUGUGGAUGAGUGUGCCCAAGGGCUAGAUGACUGCCACACCAAUGCCCUGUGUCAGAACACGCUCACCUCCUACAAGUGCUCCUGCAAGCCUGGCUACCAAGGGGAGGGCAGGCAGUGUGAGGACAUUGAUGAAUGUGAAAACGAGCUCAGAGGAGGCUGUGUCCAUGACUGUUUGAAUAUUCCAGGCAAUUACCGCUGCACUUGUUUUGAUGGCUUCAUGUUGGCUCAUGACGGACAUAAUUGUCUUGACGUGGACGAGUGCCUGGAGAACAAUGGCGGCUGCCAGCAGACCUGUGUCAACGUCAUGGGGAGCUACAGGUGCCACUGCAAGGAGGGCUUUUUCCUGAGUGACAAUCAGCACACGUGCAUCCACCGCUCAGAAGAGGGUCUGAGCUGCAUGAAUAAGAAUCAUGGCUGUAGUCACAUCUGCAAGGAGGCUCCGAGGGGCAGUGUCGCCUGCGAAUGCAGGCCUGGUUUUGAGCUGGCCAAGAACCAGAGAGAUUGCAUCCUGACUUGUAACCAUGGAAAUGGUGGGUGCCAGCACUCCUGUGAGGAUACAGCUGAAGGUCCAGAGUGUAGCUGCCAUCCCCAGUACAAGAUGCACACAGAUGGGAGGAGCUGCCUUGAGCGAGAGGACACCGCCCUGGAGGUGACGGAGAGCAAUGCCACGUCGGUGGCAGAUGGGGACAAGCGGGUGAAACGGCGACUGCUCAUGGAAACAUGUGCUGUGAACAAUGGAGGCUGCGAUCGGACCUGUAAGGAUACCUCGACAGGUGUUCAUUGCAGUUGCCCCGUUGGAUUCACUCUCCAGUUGGAUGGGAAGACCUGCAAAGAUAUUGAUGAGUGCCAGACCCGCAAUGGAGGUUGUGAUCAUUUCUGCAAAAACACCGUGGGCAGUUUUGACUGCAGCUGCAAAAAGGGAUUUAAAUUAUUAACAGAUGAGAAGUCUUGCCAAGAUGUGGAUGAAUGCUCUUUGGACAGGACCUGUGACCACAGCUGCAUCAACCACCCUGGCACAUUCACAUGUGCUUGCAACAAAGGCUACACCCUCUACGGCUUUACCCACUGUGGAGACACCAACGAGUGCAGCGUCAACAACGGAGGCUGUCAGCAGGUCUGUGUGAACACGGUGGGCAGCUACGAAUGCCAGUGCCAUCCUGCAUACAAGCUCCACUGGAAUAAAAAAGACUGUGUGGAAGUGAAGGGGGUCCUGCCCACUAGUGUAUCACCCCACGUGUCCCUGCAUUGCGGGAAGAGUGGCGGAGGAGACAGGUGCUUCCUCAGAUGUCACUCUGGCAUUCACCUCUCUUCAGGACUGCAAGAGGCCUACUCUGUUACCUGCGGCAAUUCCUCUUCUCUCAGGAACAAACAGCAAAAGUCAAAUGACUCUGCUUUUGGGGAUGUCGCCACCGUCAGGACAAGUGUAACCUUUAAGCUAAAUGAAGGCAAGUGUAGUUUGAAAAAGGCUGAGCUGUUGUUCCCCGAGGGCCUGCGACCAGCACUACCAGAGAAGCACAGCUCAGUAAAAGAGAGCUUCCGCUACGCAAACCUUACAUGCAGCUCCGGCAAGCAAGUCCCGGGAGCCCCAGGCCGACCAAGCGCCACUAAGGAAAUGUUUAUCACUCUUGAGUUUGAGCUUGAAACUAACCAAAAGGAGGUGACAGCUUCUUGCGAUCUGAGCUGCAUCGUAAAGCGAACAGAGAAGAGGCUCCGGAAAGCCAUCCGCACACUCCGGAAGGCUGCCCACAGAGAGCAGUUUCACCUCCAGCUCUCAGGCAUGGACCUCGAAGUGGCUAAAAAGGCUCCCAGAGCGUCGGAACACCGGACACAGUCCUGUGGAGUGGGCCAGAGCCAUGUGGGAAACAAAUGUGUCAGUUGCAGGGCUGGGACAUAUUAUGAUGGAUUGCAAGAACGCUGCAUUUUAUGUCCAAAUGGAACUUUCCAAAAUGAAGAGGGACAGAUCACAUGUGAACCGUGCCCAAGACCAGAAAAUCCGGGGUCCCUGAAGACACCAGAAACCUGGAAUGUGUCUGAAUGUGGAGGUCUGUGCCAACCUGGAGAAUAUUCUGCGGAUGGCUUUGCACCCUGCCAGCUCUGUGCCCUGGGCACAUUCCAGCCUGAAGCUGGCCGUACUUCCUGCUUCUCCUGUGGGGGAGGCCUCUCCACCAAACACCUGGGAGCCACUUCCUUCCAGGACUGUGAAACCAGAGUUCAAUGCUCACCCGGACAUUUCUACAAUACCUCCACGCACCGAUGCGUUCGCUGCCCAGCGGGAACAUACCAGCCUGAAUUUGGAAAAAAUAACUGUGUUUCUUGCCCAGGAAAUACUACCACUGACUUCGAUGGCUCCACAAACAUAACCCAGUGUAAAAACAGAAGAUGUGGAGGGGAGCUGGGAGAGUUCACCGGGUACAUUGAGUCCCCGAACUACCCGGGCAAUUACCCGGCCAACACGGAGUGCACAUGGACCAUCAACCCUCCCCCCAAGCGCCGCAUCCUGAUCGUGGUCCCUGAGAUCUUCCUGCCCAUAGAGGACGACUGCGGAGACUACCUGGUGAUGCGGAAAACCUCUUCGUCCAAUUCCGUGACCACGUAUGAGACCUGCCAGACCUACGAACGCCCCAUCGCCUUCACCUCCAGAUCAAAGAAGCUGUGGAUUCAGUUUAAGUCCAACGAAGGGAACAGCGCCAGAGGGUUCCAGGUCCCGUACGUGACCUACGACGAGGAUUACCAGGAGCUCAUUGAAGACAUAGUUCGAGAUGGCAGGCUCUAUGCAUCUGAGAACCAUCAGGAAAUACUUAAGGACAAGAAGCUGAUCAAGGCGCUGUUUGAUGUCCUGGCUCACCCCCAGAACUAUUUCAAGUACACGGCCCAGGAGUCCCGGGAGAUGUUUCCAAGAUCCUUCAUCCGACUGCUCCGUUCCAAAGUGUCCAGGUUUCUGAGGCCUUACAAAUGAGUCUGCCUGCACACCGCUUGGACCGUGUCCGCCUGCGGGCCGGUGGGAUGCAGCCGUCUGCUGCUGCCUCCAGCAGCAGUGACUGGUUAGAGUUCAACUUUUAUAGAUAAUACAGAUAUUUUGGUAAAUUGAACUUGGUUUUUCUUUCCCAGCAUUGGGAUGUGGACUGAGAACGACUUCCAGUCUCACCUGCGUCUCACUGCCAGGGGCAGAUGUCUCGGAUACAUCAAGGGCUGGCUGAGCUGGACCUCAGUCAGCUCAGGUGAGACUCACCUGUCCUUCCUGGUUCUCACCCCUCCCCAAGUGAGCUGUGAUGGGAAACAGGCCACAGAAGGGGCUGCCUUUUCUGCAACUUCAGCUUCCUCCAGCCCAGCCCUCCCUAAGGAAGCCCUCGGUGCCCAGGUGCAGGCUCUGACCGGGCAGAGGCGGAAAGGAGGGAGGGGGGGAGGCAGGGAGAGCCCGUCAGGCACCGUCCACACACUGGUGCCUGGGAGGACUCCGUUUCUCCACAGCCUUCUCCUUCAGCCUGUGUGGUCUGAGUUUGAUCCCAGGAGCUUGAGUUCUAAGCAUUGAUCAUUAAACAAACACUCAAAGCAGAAAGAAUUAGAAAUAAAAAGAUAAGAACUAACAACUUCCUCAGACAAUAGGCCUGUUGACACCUUCCUUGUGUCCAGCCUCCACCCUGUAGCAAACACACAGUGCAGGUCUUAGCACCAGCUGUGCCUUUACACACCCUGUGGGUCCAGUGCCAGGGCCUGGGGAGCUCAGGUCGGACAUGAUCUGCUUGGUGGAUGAGAAUCAGCCACCUUCAUGAAAAGGAAAUGUCAUGCACUCUGAGUCAGCACUGCUGAGGCUCCUGUUUCCACAGUGGGCUUCUCGCUGGGGGCGUCCGUGGUCCAGGUGGGAUGUGGUGCGGCCCAGCCGGCUAUGUGUGCCUUCCUUCCCCACUCUCCAAGGUCAGGGACCGACUCUGUUCCAUGGGCAAGAACAGCACCGCUGAGGGUGGUCUCACUGCUUAAAGGUCACAUCACCGCCAGAGGCGGCUGCACAGUCUCGGCCUCUAAGUUUCUCAGUAUCACCUCGCUUUCUGUCAGCACAGCAUGCCCACAGUCAUCUUCUCCCACAGGAACUUGAAUUUUCAAUAGCAUUACAUUUUUAAAAAUUUAAACCCAUAGGCAAAACUCCCCUUGCAGUAAAUAAAAAAAGAUUUCUAUCAAACAAGUUUCCAUUUCCCUAAUGAACGGGCUGACUGCACACAGCCAUAGUGUUUUAUUAUUUCAUAAAAAACUAGCUGUACCUACACUUCUCUAUACCAAAGUACUAAAAAAUGAUUAACAAAUAUUUUUGAAGAGAACGAAGACUACUUCAUUAUUGUUGAACUCACUUUUCACCUCAGUGAUUUUUCAAAACAUAUUAAUAACAUUGAUCUUUGAAAAAUCAUAAACUUUUCUUCUUUAUUUGGAUGCAUCCUAAAUACCCAUUUCUAAAUUCUUCUUCAAAAAUUUGAACAUCUUUACUUUU